AUGCCUGAAGAAAUGGAGACACAGCCAGCGGAGGUCGAGACCUUCGCCUUCCAGGCGGAAAUCGCCCAAUUGAUGUCUUUAAUCAUCAACACAUUCUACUCCAACAAAGAGAUCUUUCUUCGUGAGUUGAUUUCUAAUUCUUCGGACGCCUUGGACAAAAUCAGGUAUGAAUCUCUCACUGAUCCGUCGAAACUCGACAGCGGCAAGGAGCUGUACAUCAAAAUCGUGCCUAACAAAAGCGAGGGCACUCUGACUCUCAUUGAUACUGGUAUUGGCAUGACCAAGGCGGAUCUAGUCAACAACUUGGGUACCAUCGCCAAGUCUGGUACCAAGGCCUUCAUGGAGGCUCUACAAGCCGGAGCCGACAUUAGUAUGAUCGGUCAAUUCGGUGUCGGUUUCUACUCUUGCUACUUAGUUGCGGACCGAGUCACCGUGCAUUCCAAGCACAAUGAUGACGACCAGUACAUGUGGGAGUCGUCUGCGGGCGGUUCGUUCACUAUUCGCUCAGACCCAGGUGAACCCCUCGGCCGUGGUACCAAGAUCGUUCUACACAUCAAAGAGGACUUGCAAGAAUUCAUUGAGGAGAAUAAAAUCAAAGAAAUCGUCAAGAAACACUCCCAAUUUAUUGGUUACCCCAUUAAGCUAGUCGUCGAGAAGGAACGCGAAAAGGAGCUGUCUGACGACGAGGCUGAAGAGGAAAAGAAAGAAGACGAAAAGGAGGACGAGAAACCCAAGAUUGAGGAUGUAGGUGAAGAUGAGGACGAAGACAGCAAGGACAAGAAGAAGAAAAAGAAGACUAUCAAGGAAAAAUACAGCGAAGAUGAGGAACUAAACAAGACCAAGCCCAUCUGGACGCGUAAUGCUGAUGACAUCACACAGGAGGAGUAUGGUGACUUUUACAAAUCUCUCACCAACGACUGGGAAGACCAUCUCGCUGUCAAGCACUUCUCUGUUGAAGGACAGUUGGAAUUCAGAGCACUUCUAUUUGUGCCCCGCAGAGCUCCAUUCGACCUCUUUGAAAACAAGAAGCGCAAGAACAACAUCAAGUUGUAUGUUCGCAGAGUGUUCAUCAUGGACAACUGUGAAGACUUAAUCCCAGAAUACCUUAACUUUGUCAGAGGUGUUGUUGACAGUGAAGAUUUACCACUCAACAUUUCCCGUGAAAUGCUUCAACAGAACAAGAUCCUUAAGGUUAUUAGGAAGAACUUAGUUAAGAAAUGCAUUGAGCUGUUUGAAGAAUUGGCUGAAGACAAAGAGAACUACAAGAAGUACUAUGAACAAUUCAGUAAGAACUUAAAGCUCGGUAUCCAUGAAGAUUCACAGAACCGCAACAAGUUGGCUGAUUUGUUGAGGUACCACACUUCAGCAUCAGGUGAUGAUGCAUGCUCUCUUAAAGAGUAUGUUUCCCGUAUGAAGGAGAACCAGAAACACAUUUACUACAUCACUGGUGAAAACCGAGAUCAAGUAGCCAAUUCAUCAUUUGUAGAGAGGGUCAAGAAGCGUGGUUAUGAAGUAGUUUACAUGACUGAGCCAAUUGAUGAGUAUGUAGUACAACAAAUGAGAGAGUAUGACGGAAAGUCUCUAGUCUCAGUCACAAAGGAGGGCUUGGAACUUCCUGAAGAUGAGGAAGAGAAGAAGAAGCGUGAGGAGGACAAAGUUAGAUUUGAAGGCCUCUGCAAAGUCAUGAAGAACAUUCUUGACAACAAGGUUGAGAAGGUAGUGGUAUCGAACAGAUUGGUUGAAUCACCAUGCUGUAUUGUCACUGCUCAGUACGGUUGGUCUGCCAAUAUGGAGCGUAUUAUGAAAGCUCAGGCUCUCCGUGACACAUCAACAAUGGGCUACAUGGCAGCUAAGAAACAUCUAGAAAUCAAUCCUGACCACUCAAUCGUCGAGACAUUGAGACAGAAGGCUGAAGCAGAUAAAAAUGACAAAGCUGUUAAGGACUUAGUCAUCUUGUUGUAUGAGACAGCUCUACUGUCAUCCGGCUUCUCUCUGGAUGAACCCCAAGUACACGCUUCCAGAAUCUACCGUAUGAUUAAGCUCGGUCUUGGAAUUGAUGAGGAUGAGCCAGUGCAGAUUGAAGAAGCUAGUGCUGGUGAUGUACCACCCCUUGAAGGUGAAGCUGACGAUGCAUCCCGCAUGGAGGAAGUAGAUUAA